AUGAUGCGGCCGCGGCGCGGGAUCGACCCGGGCUCCGUGUGGGCCCAGCGCCUGCGGCAGCUGGAGCAGCGCUUGCGAACCAAAGAAGAAAGAAUAGUUGUCCUGGAAACUGAAAAUGCUGCUCUUCAUCUAAAACUUGCAGAGUAUCAAGGGUUGGCUGGAAGAAGCACCAAUGAAGUAUUACAGCUCUACUCUGCUCAUAGCCAGCAGCAGAAAUUGCAGAGGGAUUCUGUUGUAACCAGGCUGCAUGGAGCAAUAAAGAGGCUUAAGCAAGACUUGAAGAGCCUCCAUUCAUUUGCUCUCGAGCUUUCAAAAGACUUUCAGCGCCAAAGCAAGACUUAUCUUUACCAAGUUUUGACAGCGGUCCAAGAGAUACAGCUGCAAAAUGAAGCAAUGCAAAUGUUUCAGAUAAAAGCUUUUGAUCUUGAGCAGUCUCUACAAGAGGUGACAGAGAGAUAUGAGAAAGAAAAGCAAAAGAGGAGAGCUCUACAUAACAGCUUAGUUGAACUGAGAGGAAAUAUCAGAGUCCACUGCAGGAUCCGACCAUUGCUACCUUUUGAUACUGUCGCUGGACAUUCGAUGUCACAAGACAGGCAAAGAAGCUUUUCAGAAAAGGUGGCAUAUGCAGCUGAUGAUGAAACUGUCCUUGUAAAGUGUAGCCGUCCUGGUCAUGCACCAAUAAACAAGACUUUUCAGUUUGAGAGAGUUUACAAUGCUUCUGAGUCUCAAGACACGGUGUUUGCAGACGUGGCCCCUUUGCUAACAUCUCUCCUGGAUGGGUACAAUGUGUGUAUCAUGGCUUACGGGCAGACUGGAAGUGGGAAGACAUACACAAUGUUGGGGCCACAGCUGGAGGAGAACAUUGCGUUCUCCGUAGAAGAUGAAUCGGAACUCGGAAUUAUUCCUCGAGCUACCCAAGAAGUGUUCAGGCUUAUUUCAGAAAAGCCAGCAGGAAGUUACUGGGUUGAGGUUUCUAUUGUAGAAGUGUAUAAUAAUGAAAUUUUUGAUCUUCUGGCCAAAGACAGUUGUGGAAAAGUGUCUGGAGUCAAACGCGAUGUUGUCACAACCAGAGAAGGAAAGAGCGACGUGCCAUUGCUUACCUAUGAGACUGUUGAAAAUGCAUGUGAAUUUUUGCAUCUAGUCAACAAAGGCCUACAGCUGAGAGUCAGGCACCCAACACUGGUGCACGCUCAUUCUUCUCGUUCUCAUCUGGUGGUUACGUUGACCAUAAGCACAAUUGUCUCUGGAGAUAACUCCGGUACUUCAUGGGAAGAUGAACAAAUGAGUCAGAGACUAAAUAAAGAGGUUUCCUGCACCUUUCCACAAAAAAUGAGAGACAAUAAAUCCACCUCUUCUUCUAGAGCCUCUUCACCAGCACAACUUGAAGCAAUUGAGAAAAUCAAGCAAGUCAAAACUAGAUUGCAGCUGGUGGACCUGGCUGGUAGCGAGUGUGCCGGUAUGUCUGGAGUGACGGGUGCAGCACUGAGAGAGACCUCCUUCAUUAACCGCAGCCUGUCUGCCCUUGCAGACGUUCUUGGAGCAAUCGCAGAGCAGCGCGCUCAUGUCCCGUACCGAAACAGCAAGCUUACACAUCUGCUGCAGGACUCACUGGGAGGUGAUGCUAAACUGCUGCUGAUGCUGUGCAUCUCUCCUGGCCAGAAGUACUUAACAGAAUCAAUGCAGUCCUUGGGAUUUGGAACUCGUGCUUGGCAAGUUCAGAGAGGACAAGUCAAGAAAAUUUUCUCAGUGCCGAGUAAAGGAAAAUAA